GACAUUUUGGCUCAGCCGUCUGGCUUUUCUCAGUUUGUCUACAUAUUUCGUUCUUUUCAAGUCUAACCGUUGAGCCAACAUGGCGUCAACCACGUCUGGACUAUUUUGGGAUAUUCUAUUGACAGAUUAGUUUACAGUUGUCCAGGUGACUCAACCCAAGGAACUGAAGUUGUGUGCGCAGAAUGGUGCGGGUGGUUUUUCUGCACCCUGAUCUGGGUAUCGGAGGAGCGGAGCGUCUGGUGGUGGAUGCAGCAGUGGCCCUUCAGUCCCGUGGAUGUCAUGUGCAGAUCUGGACUGCACACUACGACCCUACCCACUGUUUCUCUGAGACAUUGGAUCCUGAUCUUCCUGUGGUGUGUGUUGGAGACUGGCUGCCCAGGAGCGUGUGUGGGUACUUCCACGCCCUGUGUGCCUAUCUGCGCAUGAUCUAUGUGGCACUCUACCUGUUGCUCUUUAGCCAUGAGGAGUUUGACGUGGUCUUCUGUGAUCAGGUGUCGGCAUGCAUCCCCGUGCUUCGCCUGGCACGCCACAGGAAGAAGGUCCUCUUCUACUGCCACUUCCCUGACCAGCUCCUCACCACGCGCCGCUCUCUCCUGAAGCGUUGCUACCGAGCCCCGCUGGACUGGCUUGAGGAGACCACCACCGGCAUGGCCGACCGCGUGCUGGUCAACAGCCGCUUUACUGCCGGGGUCUUCCGUCAGACCUUCCCACGCCUGCAGGGUGUGCACACCGACGUGCUCUACCCCUCUCUCAACCCAGUCUCCUUCGACACACCAAUUACUGAGGGGCUGGACGGGCUGAUACCUGAGGGACGGAGCCUGGUGUUCUUGUCCAUAAACCGCUACGAGCGCAAGAAGGACCUCCCUCUGGCCCUGCAUUCAUUGGCGUCCCUGUGGGAGCGCCUUGGGGAGGGGGGAUUUUGGGAGAAGGUGCACCUGGUCAUGGCGGGGGGCUACGACUCGCGCGUAGUGGAGAACGUGGAGCACUAUAAGGAGCUGCGGGCACUGUGCCGCUCCCUAGGGGUGGAGGCUCACCUGACCUUCGUGCGCUCCUUCUCCGACACACAGAAGGUGAGCCUGCUGCGGCGGAGUGUCUGCGUGCUCUACACGCCCGCCAACGAACACUUUGGCAUUGUGCCUGUGGAGGCCAUGUAUUGCUGCUGCCCUGUCAUCGGCGUCAACUCGGGAGGCCCGCUGGAGUCUGUCGCUCAUGGCGAAACCGGAUUCCUCUGUCCGCCUACCCCAGAGAGCUUCUCUGCGGCCAUGGAGCAGUUUGUCCGAGAGCCACGGCUCAAGCAGAAGAUGGGUCAGGCGGGGAGGGAGCGGGUCAUCAAGUGUUUUUCUCAGCAGGCCUUUACCGAGCAACUCAACAGGCACAUCGUCAGCCUGACCCAAUGAUUCCAUGGCAACCAGCAAAGCCAGCUCCCCAACAAAGCACAUGCAUAGACCAAAGCCACAGCUGUUGGCACUCACCACAGGGGCAUGGUUGACACCACAGGAGAUGCUGACAACUGAUUCACUUUUGCUCCAUCAUUCUGACAAGCUAAUGUGUGUGCGCCCAGUGAAAAUGAGACUGGUUGAGAGUGCUUUCUUCCAAUAUCUUUCAUGCUGUUAAUAGAUUCAAAUCAUAUUUAUAUUCGCCUUAUAAAAUUUAUUUAAUCUGCUGCAAUUUUUUUUCCUGCAUAUGCAUAUAGGGAAUUGGAGUUGUGAGAUUAAAAAUAACAUUUUUUUUUAAUGUUUACCACAAGGGAUUCCAAGGAAGUUUUAAGGUGGAUGUGAUGUCACAGGAAUAUCUCUUGAAGACAACUGUUUGCAUUGUCUUGGUCUCCUUCUUGGACGUGAUGGAUGGUUCUGCUCGGAAACUUUGUCCUAUUGUUUGUAUCCUAGACACUGGUAUGUCAGCUUUUCUACCAGGAAGGCCAUUGUGUGUGUGUUUGUUUGUGUGUGUGUGUGUGUGUGUGUGUGUGUGUGUGUGUGUGUGUGAGACAGAGUGUGAUCAUCUGUGUGUGUUCAUCUGUGUGUCUGUGUGCAUACGCACUGAAUUCCUAUGGGACCAGUGUUGGAGAACAGACAAGGCUGGUGGAAUCUGCCCCCAUUAGGGACCAGAGCAGCCACCGCAGCAGAAGGGACAAUAGCCCCCCCCUUUUCUCCAACCUCCAAUUCUGCUCUGCUCCUGCAAACACGCGCUGCCAACCUAACGAACCGUCUGAGCCUGCCUAAAGAAGCCGUCUGCACAUCGAUCCCUCCGUCUCCCAGCCUCACGCCAAGCCGUACCCCCCCUCCCCCACACCCAGCUCCCCUCCAGCCAUUAGAGCUCCUUGCUCGCAGAUCGAUAGGGGGGAAUUCUGGUGGUCCAGUGGGCAGUUGGGGGUCUGGGUCGAUGGUAAGAGUAGAGCGGAUGUUUGUGGCGGGGACUGGUCUGGUUUGUUCUUGCAGAGCAUUCCUGAAGAAGUUUGGAUGGGGGCAGUGAGUACACAGCCUGUAAUGGUGGUUUGGAGUUUGUUACUUUCUGUUUUUUUUUUCUCAACCCCUCAUAGAUUUGUUUUCCUGUUUUGAUGCUGAGGCACUGAGGUCAUGAUUAAAUGGGACCACGUAUAUCCUCUCACAUGCACUGGCUUCUGUCUGGGAUCUGAAUGUAUUGAUGACCAUACUGAAUCAGAAUGUGUGCAUUCAUUAAACUUGUGCUCGGAAA